AUGUCAGCUGAAGUCGGCACUCCUAAUCCUGAUAGUUCAUUCAAUUGGAAAUGUGUCAUCUGUAACCUUGGUUUUACGCAAAAAGGGGCUCUCUUACAUCACCUGCAGACGCCUGAUCAUCGAGCAAAUAUUCCUACUGAAGAUCCGAAUCCCUACCCAGAACCGGUUCCUCAAACUCCCAAGCUUGAACCAGAGCCCGCGGUCGUGGCACCUCAGACUUCGGUCUUAUCUGCCUCAGCUUCCCUUCCCUUGAAACUCGAGGACCUUAAAGAAGUCAUUCGUCAGAUGAUUAGAGAGAACCUAACGAGGAUUGUUCAAGAGGAGCUACAAACUGCCUUCUCUCCUUAUUACCAGCAAAAUGUAUCUUCGACUAAUCUUUUAAUCCACUAA